AUGCCGAGUAUCAUAAUAUUCCGGGUAGUAGAUUUUUUGAAUACUAUCGCAAAUAUAAUCAACGAACGAUUUGAAACCACCUAUACAGGAUAUCUAAGAGAUUAUACCUUAAUGGAACAGUAUAUAGCUGGAAGUAGAACCGGAAAGAGAAGUAGAACUGGUGAGCGAUAUUUUGAAGAAUUUCGUUCUCGUUUUUGGGCAAGACCAGAAACACCAUUUGACUUAAUGCAUAAUGCAAACGCAUCCACGAGAAGACGCCACCGUAACCGUACUCCACCACCAACUUAUGAAGUACCAUCAAUCCCAAAUGAAUCGCCAGGUCGAUCCGCAUCACCCACCCGAAGAGUUCCUAGCAGAAGGGAUGAGAAUACUAAUCGAAAUAAUGUAAAUAAUUUGGGUGGAAAUUUAGGCAAUAACACAAAUAAUGUGGGUGGAAAUUCAAGCAAUAACAUAAAUGAUGCGGGUGGGAAUUUGGGUGGAAAUUUAGAUAAUGCGAUAUACUCAUCUUCAUCUGAGUUGGCAAAUAUUACCUCAGCCCUUAAUAUAUCUGCAUCACGAAAUGACAGUGAUUUAGUAUGUCCGAUGUUGGAGGUAGUCAGCCUCCCGCUUAUAUGGAAUCUAUAA